UAACCAGAACUGAGAAGAGCUAAAAAAAAAUGGGAAUUUGCUCAUUGAUGUAUAAAAUUCUGAAAAGUUGUACAAUAUCUUUGCAAGCCAAAUAAAAGAGAACUAAGAAUUCGACUAGUGACCUGCAUGAAUAAGUUUUAGAUAGUAAUAAGUUAAUAGGUGUAGGUUAAUGACCUGAAACUAUAAGCAGCUAAUGUGACUGCAUGAAUAAGUUUUAGAUAGCUAAAUAUCUAUGUUUAUGAAUUAAUUAGCUUAUUUGAAAGUUCAAGUAGUUAAUUAAUUGCACGAAGUGACCUGAUGAAAACAACACCACUCCUGACUUCCCUUAUGAUUUUAGAGUUUUAUACAUUAUAGGUUGACUUUUAACUCGAAGAACCAAAUUAAUUGUUAUAGUUAGAUUACAUGUGAAAUUAAUUAGACUCAUUGAUUUAAUUAAUUUUAACCUUUUUUGAAAUUCUAGCUAUGAUUAGCCCUCUUCAUCAGAUUGAUGAAAAUAUAAACUAUACUUGUAUCAUUUCUUUAUCAAUUCACUUCUCUCACGCCUACUUCCAAUGCAUUAACAGCUAUAUUUGUAUAUAUAGAUGAGAUUGACGUGCAUGGGACAUAUAUUGCAUCAUUUCAGAAUUGACUGUAUAUAUAUAGUCAUCAUGACUAUAUGUGUUUGCAUGAUAACACUAAUAAUAAAGAACGAUGAGCAUUUUUGUGUAAUAAUUAGUAAAUAAUGGAAUAAUUGGAUUAAUUUGUGUUUGGUUGGAUGUAUUUUUCAUAAAGCGAUAAGAUGCAAAGGACAAAGGCUUCUACCUUUCUUGACAUUGCAGCAUGUAAAAGAUAACAUUGCAGCUUGAUUUUCAAUUGAAAAUCAAAUCUGUUAUCGUAAGGUAGGAAGUUGUAAAAGGUAACAGGACACAAAAAUCCAAUCUCUUGCAAUUCUUAAAUCAUUUUCAUAAACAUAAAAUUAAUGCCCCCAUAGAUUAAUUUGGCAUCAUAAUAUUACUCUAUUUCGGGACUUAAAAUAUUCAUAAACAUCUUCAGCAAAAAAGAAAAGAAAAGAUUCACAUAUUUCCACCAAAUGCUUGAAACAGGUUGCUUGAUAACAUAAAACUAACCUCAAGGAGUAGCCGAACUUCAAUGAAGGGUGGCGGCGACCGGACAAAGCCUCAGAGCAGCGGCUAAGUCUCACUGCAAAAAAGUUUCUUCGGUGCAAAAUUUUCCUCCCUAUAUUUCCUCAGGACCUUUUGUUCUUCAGGAGUAAAUAUAUCAGAACACCUGAAAGAAACCAGAAGUUGCAUCGCUUAAACUUGUCAGGCCGUUUACUGCUGGUUGGUAGAUCGAUGCCAAAGAUAAAAGAAAUUGCCUGAGAAUCCCAUCGGCAUAUACAAACCGGCCAUUUGCAUAGGUCACAGCUCAAUUCAUUACUCUCCUCUUAAUAACUGGGUUUCAGAGGUCUUUUCUUGGGGCAUCAAUGGAGGUCUCGUUCAUGGCGGUCUCCUUGUUGUUGAUGGGCCUAUUUUUCUUCUUAUUUCUGUCAAAAUGGAAUGAAAUUAUAUUCCAAAGAAAAGGGUUGCCCCCUGGAACAAUGGGGUGGCCAUUUUUUGGUGAGACUAAUGAAUUCCUCAAGCUUGGCCCAGACUUCAUUAAAAGGCAAAGAGCCAGGUAUGGAAGAGUUUUCAAGUCACAUAUACUAGGGAGUCCCACUAUAGUCUCAAUGGAUCCAGAGCUGAAUAGAUACAUUCUAUUGAAUGAAGCAAAGGGACUUAUUCCUGGAUAUCCAAAAUCUAUGUUGGAUAUACUAGGACAAAGAAACAUAGCUGCUGUGUAUGGAUCAAAACAUAAGUUUAUACGAAAGAAUCUGAUGUCUCUAGUUGGAGCUCCGUUGAUCAAAGACCGCCUUCUGCCAAACCUUGAUAAGUACAUUAGGCUUCAUCUCUCAAACUGGGAUGAUAUGCUUAUUGAUGUUCAACAAAAAUCUACUGAUAUGGCGUUCUUGAUAGGCUUCACACUAAUUGCUGAAGCUGAGUUGAGUUCAAUUUAUGAUGGAUUUAAGGCUGAGUUUGAUAAGUUGGUGAUUGGAUCGCUUUCUCUUCCUAUCAAUCUGCCCGGCACGAGUUAUUAUCGAGGAUUUAAGGGCAGGAAAAAUAUAGUGAAGAUAUUGAGACAAGUGAUAGAGAAAAGAAGGGCCGCUUCUCCAGAAACAACCUAUGAUGACAUGCUACAACAUUUGUUGGAAGACACUGACGCAUUGAAUGAAGAGGAAAUCAUAGAUCAGAUCAUCACAAUACUUUACUCAGGAUAUGAGACAGUCUCCACAACCUCAAUGAUGGUUGUCAAGUAUCUCCAUGACAAUCAACAAGCCCUGCAACAACUUAGGGAAGAGCAUUUUGGGAUCCAGAGGAGGAAGGUAGCGGGGCAGGCAGUGGAUUGGGACGACUACAAGUCCAUGAGGUUCACGCGUGCUGUUGUUCUUGAAACACUUAGACUAGCUACUGUGAUUAAUGGACUAUUGAGGAAGACAACACAAGACAUGACAUUGAAUGGAUUUCUCAUUCCAAAAGGAUGGAAAAUUUAUGCAUUCACAAGAGAGAUCAACUAUGAUCCAAUCCUCUACCCAGAACCCCUAAAAUUUAAUCCAUGGAGAUGGCUGGAUAAGAGCUUAGAGUCACACAACUAUUGCUUCUUGUUUGGAGGAGGGGGAAGAUUGUGCCCUGGAAAGGAACUUGGAAUAGCAACAGUUUCAAUUUUCCUUCACUACUUUGUAACUACAUAUAGAUGGGAAGAAAUUGGAGGAGAGAGGAUAGUAGAAUUCCCAAGAGUUGAGGCACCAAAUGGUUAUCACAUAAGAUUGGUGAAGCUCUAAUUCAUCUCACAACUGUGGGCUUUAAACUAGCUUCUUCUUCAUGUUGAUCAUGUAUGUAUGGUUGGAAUGAUGGUGAAAAAAGUUACUAAUUUCCUAAUAGGUAUGUUUGCUUUGAAGUAUAAGAAAUUGAUAAGCUCAAUUUACCAUUUUAUGUUGGAAAUAAAUAACUA